GUGGUUAAGUCUUGAGCUCUAUGUUUUCACUACGGUAGUAACCAUGGUUGGGUUUUACAGAGCUCGUACUAACUCAGUCACGCUCCCACUCGCUAUAUCUAUGGCCUCUCUGUUCAUACCGUAGAAGACGACUCUUCGUUUUGUGUCUCAUUGUUUGAAGCUCAUUCGAUUGUUUCUUUCUCGCUUUUUUUUUCCGGUAAGAACAUCGUGGAGAGACAGAGUGAAUCAUUUCGGACAUUGAAGCCGCCGUCACUUUCCUGAAAAAGUUUAACGUGUGAUUGAAAUCUCUCUCCCUGAGUGUCCUGGCUUCUGGUCUGUAUGAUUCUUAUCUGGACGGUUCCGACUUUCUCGGCUUGCCGAGAGGAAUAUGGGUACUCUAAGAUGGGAUGAGGAAGACAAGGCCAUGGUUACUGCGGUUUUAGGGCACCGAGCUUUUGAUUAUCUGAGAGCUAGUUCGGUUUCUUCCGAGAAUUUGUGUGCGACGAUGGGAAACGACGAGAGUUUGCAGAACAAGCUAUCUGAUCUGGUGGACAGGCCAAACUCGAUGAAUUUUAGCUGGAACUACGCAAUUGUGUGGCAACUUUCGCAGUCUAGAUCCGGCCACCUGGUUCUGGGUUGGGGAGAUGGGUGUUGUCGGGAACCAAACGAGGAAGAAGAAUCAAAACGGGUUCGUGUCCGAAAUCGGGGUCUGGAAGAGGAGACAUGGCGGAACGUGAUCAGGAAAAGGGUUCUUCAGAAGCUGCACGGAUUUUCGGGCGGAUCCGACGAGGAUAAUUAUGCACUUGGAUUGGACAGAGUCACCGACACGGAGAUGUUCUUCCUGGUGUCCAUGUACUUCUCCUUCCCUUACGGAGAAGGUGGUCCAGGAAGGUGCUUUGCAUCAGGAAUCCAUUUCUGGAUCUCUGAUGCGUUGAACACUGAUUCCGAUUACUGUUUCAGAUCUUUUGUCGCCAAAUCCGCUGGAAUCCGAACAAUCGUCAUGGUCCCGAUGGAUGGCGGCGUUGUCGAACUCGGUUCUGUUCGGUCUUUGCCUGAAAGUAUGGAGCUGGUUCAUUCUGUGAGGUCUUUGUUCUCGCCGAGGGCUCAUCAAACGCCUACGUUUUUCCCACACGCGGGUGCAGUGGACAGAAACACGAGUGUUGCCGGAAACAAGACCGGAGGCGUCCACAAGCUUUUCGGACACGAACUGAGCAACUCGAACCACGUUCACGCCAAUCCUCCGUGCAAAGAGAAUGUUUUUGCCGGAAAGUUGGACGAGAGGUUUCCUCCUCAAGCUUGGGAAGCCCAUCAAAGAAUGAAUGGAUCUCAACCAACAGAUACCAACAUGCAAGGGCAUGUCAGUGCAUCUAAGGAAGAUUCCCGAUUAGACAACAAUCACCAGAGUGAAUUGGCCAGGGUAGCAGCCACUCCCGCGAAUGCUAUAUCGGAAAAUCAAGAUUCGCGCGCGAAGAAAAGGGCGGGAGUAGCAGCAGCAGCAGCGGGGGCGGCGGCAGUUGACGAGAAAAGGCCAAGAAAGAGAGGUAGAAAGCCUGCCAAUGGAAGGGAAGAGCCACUCAACCAUGUGGAAGCUGAGAGGAUGAGGAGGGAGAAGCUCAAUCAACGGUUCUACGCCUUACGAUCCGUCGUCCCCAAAAUCUCUAAGAUGGACAAAGCUUCUCUUCUCGGUGACGCCAUUGCUUACAUCAACGAGCUUCAGGAGAAGGUCAAGGCCAUGAAAGCCGAGAGGACCAGAACAGGGGAAUCAAACCCUAAUCCAGAUGUCGAGAUCCAAACCCUGAACGGCGAGGUUGUCGUGCAGGUGAGUUCUCCAUUGGAUUCGCAUCCUGUUUCAAGAAUCAUCCAAGCCAUGAGAAGAUCUCAGGUCAGGGUCUUGGAGUCCAAGUUAUCGCCCAUCGACAACACGGUGUUCCACACGUUCGUGAUCAAAUCAAAUGGGUCGGAGCUGCUGACGAAAGAGAAGCUGAUGGCGGCGAUUUACCCAGAAACCGGCUCGGACGAGCCAUCGCCGUCGUCUGGUUCGCAGGUUUCAGUGGCGUUGUAGUACAGAACUGAAUCUCAGUUUGCAUAGGACACUACUAUACGUAUAUCAAUAAGUUUUGAAAUAAUUUGUAACCAUUUCUUUGAUCCCACUUUGACAUUCCAACUUUGUAUUCUAUCUUUUCUUGUAAUGGUGCGCUGUUUUACGUUUCUCCUCCGUCCAUUCCCAGGAAAA